UCAUCAAACAAGAUCAAAUUAACUUUACCUAAGCCAUUAAUUCAGAGCUUUUUUCUUUGUUUCUAGCUAAUACUAGAUAUGGCAUUCUUGAGGAGUCUUUUUGAUACUAAGCAAAUAAUUCGUCAGUCUCUUACUACUGAAUCAUCAACACCGAAAGGUUUCUUAGCUGUCUACGUUGGAGAAAAUCUGAAGAAGAAGAGAUUUUUUGUUCCGGUUUACUACCUGAGCAAACCAUCUUUCCAAGCUUUGCUGAGGAAAGCAGAAGAAGAGUUUGGCUUUGAUCAUCCAACCGGUGGUUUAAGCUUACCAUGCGAUGAAGCUUUCUUCUUCACUCUUACUUCUCAGAUUCGUUAGGCCUACACAAUAAUCAAGCUGUUUAGGAGGAAUACACAUUGUAAAUAAACUACACUUUAAUAUUUUGAAGUUGUGGAUAUAUGUACCUAUACUGAAAUAAGAAGAAGAAUUCAGCAUAGUUAAAAAUAAAGGUCAAUGAGAGUAUUGUGCUUUCGAUGUCCAUACUC